UUGGCCUCCUCUGCUCUCCUAGGUUGGAAGAGUCUUUGCCAAGGGGAUAGCAAAAGAGAAAGUACUUGCAUGCCCCAACAAGGCAACAGCGCCUGCUUUUGGCUGGGGUCCUCUCCCUCUUCACAUCACCCGAGUUGUAGUGCGAGGCAAGAAGGAGACCGAGCAGAGGAGGGUGUGCACAGGCACACACAAGCAUCGUACUCGUCGUACCAGCAAGAGAGGAAGACCAGCGCCUAGCCUCCUAGCCAUGUGGGACCUUAACGACUCGCCGGCCGCCGAGGCUGCCCCGCCGUCCCCAUCUGCCGACGACUCCGGCGCGUCCUUCUCGUCGGCGGCCGCGCUAGUCGACAUACCCGACGACGACUCCGCCGCCGCCGCCGUCGUCACGCGCCAGUUCUUCGUCCUGGCCCCGGCGGCCACCAUCGGCGCGGCGCCCGGCUCGUCGAACGCGCGCGCGGGCUGGCUCCGCCGGGCCGCCGCGCCGGCCGGCGGCCCCGCUGCGGUGCAGGCGGCGGCUGGCAAGAAGAGCCGGCGCGGGCCGCGGUCGCGCAGCUCGCAGUACCGCGGCGUCACGUUCUACCGCCGGACGGGGCGGUGGGAGUCGCACAUAUGGGAUUGCGGCAAGCAGGUCUAUCUGGGCGGAUUUGACACCGCCCAUGCGGCUGCUCGGGCGUACGAUCGAGCGGCGAUCAAGUUCCGCGGCGUGGAGGCCGACAUCAAUUUCAGCUUGGAGGAUUACCAAGACGACAUGAAGCAGCAGAUGUGCCACCUGAGCAAGGAGGAGUUCGUUCACGUGCUCCGGCGGCAGAGCACGGGGUUCCCCCGGGGCAGCUCCAAGUACAGGGGCGUGACGCUCCACAAGUGCGGGCGGUGGGAGGCGCGCAUGGGCCAGUUCCUCGGCAAGAAGUACGUCUACUUGGGCCUGUUCGACACCGAGGAGGAAGCCGCCAGGGCGUACGACCGCGCGGCCAUCAAGUGCAACGGCAAGGACGCGGUGACAAACUUCGAUCCCAGCAUUUACGCCGAGGAGGAGGUCGCGCCGGCGGCGGCGACGGGCGGCGCCGCCGGCGACGAGCACAACCUGGACCUGUCGCUGGGAAGCUCGGCGGGGAACAAAAGGGGCAGCCUUGACGGCGGCGGCGGCGGCGGCGGCGACGACAAGUCCUCGGACCAGCGCGUCCCCAUGGCGUUCGACAUCGACUGGCAGACGGCCGCACGUCGGAGCACCAAGGCAAAGCUCCUGAGCAACGGCGAUCCGGGGACCGCGGCGGGAGGCCUUUCCCUGGCGAUCGGCGGCGGAGGCGGGCACUGGCCUCCGCAGCUGCAGCAUCAGCAGCAGCAGCAGAGGCUCCACGGCGCCAGGAACAACGGCGGCGGCACGAGCUGGCCGCCGCCGCCGCACCCGUGCCCGCCGCCAGUACCGGCCGCCGCCGCGACCGCAGCUGCAGCAUCAUCACGAUUCCAUCCCUACGUUGUUACGAGUACGACGCAAAGCCCGGCCGGCUGGGUCCAGAAGAAUGGGUUCCAUUCGCUGGCCAGGCCCACGUAGACCAAGAACCAGGACUGGGCGUUCGUCCUUCGAUCGUAUUCCACGGCGAAGGUCCAUCAUUUGACCCAAGGGCAAACGGCUCGUCGAUCCACCGAUUUACACCCCCUCCCCCUUUCUUUCCCUUUUCCAUUCUCUGUGUUCUUGAUUGGGUGAGACAUGGAUCCGAGGAUGGAUGGGCCUGCUGCCCCCCUGCUGUAAAUGAGGAGUUUCCGGGAAGAAGACGAGUGCUUUGGUAGGCGACUAGGCGUCGCGUCAGGCAGUGCGUCCUUUUGCCGCUUUUUGUUCUCUCUCCCCCCCUUCUGCAUUCACUCACCAAUCACCAUUGGCAAGCACCGAUGAAUGGUGGCAUGGGGUGUCAACAUCGCAGCUCAUUUUGUUU